CAAUUCCACAGUUGAUUCACCCUCGUACCCUUAAAGUCGCUCGCAGGCUUGACACCGAGCUCUCGUUUAAAUUUAAGCCCAUUGACAAAAAAAAUUUUAUUUCAAAACUAGAAAUUAUUUCGUCAUUUUCUCAAUAAUUUAAUUUUUUUUCGACUUCCCAUUAACAAAAAAAAAAAAAAUUAGGUGUGAUUACUAAUUAAUUUAUUAUUUGGAAGAAUAAUGAAGUGAAAAUAAAAUUGAGGAAAAAUACAGAAUUUUAAUAAAUUUAGGCAACAAAAAAAAAAUAAAAAAUAAACUAAAUACUGGGAUGUCGUGUAGUAAUAAAAAAACAAGUAAGCCCUCAGUGAUCCAGAUAAUGAACUUGGAAACAAAGAUGAUUGCGUGUUUGUGGAUCAUCUUCACCCUCGUAAAUGUUGCGUUUGGUCAACCGAAUUUUUACACUCAUGGUCGAUAUGGUAAACGUGAAGAGACUCUGCCGACGGAUCAAUUAAAUUUCAAUUUUGGAAGCCGAUACGGACGAGGUGAAAAAUUCGAAUUAAAGGCAACAAAUGAAAAUGAUGAAAAAUCAAACGAAAUAAUGGCACGAGUCGAUCGUUUUUUUCUUGGAAGUCGCUAUGGAAAACGAGGAACCACCAAUAAUUUAAAUGAUAACAGUACUGAAAAAUUUAUUUACUUAAAUAACAUAAGAGAUGCACUGAGAUAUUACUACCGUUUACGUCGUGAAGCUAAACAAUUAUCGAGUGAUGAUAUGAAUACUGCUGAUAAAAAAAAUGGAAAUUUUAUUAAUAACAAACCAUCACUUUCAAAGGCGGAUUCUGCAGAGCCAAUGAAUAGCGAAUAAAAUUUUAAUAACAACAAAAAAAUAAAUUAUAGUAUCCCAAAUUUCAAAUUCUACAUAAAAUUUACUAAUCCCCGAAAAAAGCGCAAGCAAUCAAUAAAAAUAUAUAUAAAAAAAAAAUUAAUUUUUUCUCAAAACGCUUUUUCUUAAUUUGAAAUUUACAAUUUCAUAAUAAAGAAAAAAAUAAAUAAACAAAGCAAACAUACCAAAUUUAUGCUGUCACUAAUUAUAAUGAAUAAUAAUUUAUCUCUAAAUUAAAGUAUAUUUUCAAGCGUAAAUAAUUAUUCUGACUUGUAUAAAAUAGUAUCCUCGUAAUUAUUUAAAGGUCAAUUGAAAAAAAAAUAAUAGUACAUAUAUAUGAUAAAUAUAUACAAGAUAUUUCUAUUAAGCGAAAGUCUAACGACGGUCUUGAAGAUCGAUUAUCGAAUCUGUCAUGCUUGAUACCCAACAAUUUUUUUUUUAUUCAUACACCAACUUCCUACUGUAAUUUGUGAAAAUACUUUUCUUCGAUAAAUAUAUAUACACGCAUUUAAAUAAUUUAUCAUUAAUUAUACAUAUAUAAUUAUAUUUAUAAAUUAUUAACAAACUUCAAAUUUAUGUACAUGAGUUACAGAAAAAAAAAAAAAUA